AUGGAUGUAAUGUACGGUCAAUUCCAGACAGUGUACUCGAUUGCAUUAUUUUUGCUAAGUUUUUUCACUUUAGUGACGUACGCCAUUUUUCUUGUGAAAGUGAGAAGAAAGUCAAUAGAUCUAAACAUGAAAGGGAUAUACCGCUCCCUCAUUGUGACUAGUUUUACUAUAGUAUUCUGCUCUCUUGCCGUUGGAUUUGGCAUUGUUGUUAGCGCCAUCACGCACACCUAUAGUGCCACUAUGGGACUGCUUAUUGGGAUCUCCAUAAACAUCUCUAUUGCUUCCAAUUUCUUUGUCUACUACUUUAUUAGCGAGCAAUAUCGAACAGCAAUCAACCACUACCUCUACAUCAAUAUUUUGAAGUCCGCUUUGCGUCCAUCUGAUAAGAAGUCCAGAACAUCAGUCGUGACUGUGACCGCUAUUGCAUAA